UGUGAUUCCAGCUCUGCUCCCAGCUCACAUAAAGGUGCUGCUGUAAAAGCUCGCGCAUUGUGCAAACCCCCAGUUCGUGGCGCAACAUCGCACGCGGACUUUGUAGCACUUUCACGACUGUGAAAACCUGUGAUAGAAAAAUGUCGUAUGCUUACCCCAAGUCAAAGACCGUCAGUCCCAGUCAGGCUAUUGAGGACAGUAAGAAGAAGGCCUCACUUCUCAAGGACAACAGCUGGAUUAGAAAGGCAUCGGUUGAAGAUGAACCUUCCGAACCCAAAGAUACAAAUUUUGGGAGGGCUGUACUAGGUCGAUUUAAGUCCCAGGAGACUCUUAACAGGCCAUCGGACCCAAAAAAACCAGACACCGUGAGCCAAAGUUCAUCUGUGCUGGCCCUCAGCAAGAGGUUCAGUGCAAGCCAGGAUGAACUGGCCAAGAGCAGUACUCUCCCUUCCUCUGGCUCUAAGCUGAGGACCACCACGAGCACGACCACCAAAAGCUUCAGCACAAAUGAUGGUGAAUCCGGUGAUACUACAGUCACGACCAUCACCACCACCAGAUCAUCAGGUCUGAAAAGCUCUCUGAAGACAGAGGUAGAGAAAGACCUGUCACCAAAUGUGUCAUCAGGUCUGAAAAGCCCUCUGAAGACAGCAGUUGAGAAGGACUGGUCAUCAAAUGUGUCAUCAGGUCUGAAAAGCCCUCUGAAGACAACAGUUGAGAAGGACUGGUCAUCAAAUGUGUCAUCAGGUCUGAAAAGCCCUCUGAAGACAGAGGUUGAGAAAGACUGGUCAUCAAAUGUAACUUCAAAGGUGACCAGUACCAAAACGAUCAGAACGGAAGUGACCCCAAUGACACCCACAAAGGACAGCACUGAGAAAAUGACAUUCAUAUCCAGCACAAAAAGCAAUGAAGGUGCCCCAGUCACCCCCCCCAAAGAAAGCACCGAAAAAAUAACAACUGUAUUCAGUACUAAAACAAGAAGCGAGGCGCCCCCAGUCAUCGCCCCAAAGAAGAACACGGAGAGUGUGUCCAUCAUUGAAACAAUCAAAACUGAAGUGGACCCAGUGAAACCUAAGGACACUGCAGCAAGAACCACUGUCGUGAACAGAACCAGCACUGAAGUCGUAAAACCAGUAAUCCCAAAGGAGAGCUCUGACAGUUCUGUAAUUGUGACCACCACUAAAACAAUCCUGAAUGAACUGGGUCCGGUCACAUCGACUAAGCAGAGCACUGAGAGAUCAUACAUCAAUACUCUGGAAAAGGUGACCUCACCCACAAGCAGGACCAGCUUCACAACCUACAGCAGCAGUGACUAUUCACCGUCAACAAGGGUGACAACAACCACAUUUGACAACACCUACCUUGACUCCAGUUAUGAUCGUAGCAUAAGUUCCAGUGUCUUUACUUCACCAUCAUAUACAUCAAACAGGACAAUGAAUUUUCCUGUGGAUGAUGUAAUCUCAACAUCUAAAUCUCUGUAUACAAGGAGUGAGAGGUCUGUACUUGAGAAGGACAUCUGCUCUUCCUGCCGUAAACCCAUGAACACUGAGCCCAAGAUGAUCCUGAACGACAUACAGAUAAACUGUCAUGCAGCCUGCUUCAAGUGUGAGGUGUGCAAUGGCCCGCUGGGGCACCUGAAGGCUGGGGACACCAUGUGGGUUUACCGACGUGCCGUCCACUGCGAGUCCUGCUUCAGCAGGGCCAGAGAACAGUGGCAGCGCUGAGUUUGACGAUCGCUGCAUGGGAGUGAAGAUGCAAUGAUGAAGUCUGCAUAUAAACUAGCAAAACAUUAGCCAGUAUACUCUAUAUUCAUGAUAAGAGAAUUGUGUAUUGAACUAUACUGUAUCUAUAGAUUAUUGCUCUUCCUACUUUCAUUUAUGCAUUUUCAUGGGGCUAAGAAAGUAACCUUACAGUAAAACAGGGAUCCCUAUCCAAAACUUUCAAAUCUUUAUUGCAAACUGAAUAGUACAACAUUUCUUUCCUUAAAUCUUUAAGCUGCUUAUGGCAUUCUUAUUGCAAAAGUUAAAUGCAUUUGGUUUGAUGUACUUACUGGAACAAGCAAUCAAAAAAAUAAAAUUAAGUUCUACAUA